AUGGGUGAUUUAAUGUUGGCUGCUUAUAAAGGUCUUCAUGGCAUGUUUUCUCCUAAAGCUAUUGAACUUUAUGCAGUAAUUAUGGGAUUACAAAUUGCAAGUCAAAUGGGACAUCGUUUUGUCAUUUUGGAAAUAGAUGCCGAAGAGAUUAUUAUGAAUCUUCGAACUUAUGAGCAAAGUUGGUCGGUGGAGGGUGCUUUAGUGGAUGAAGUCGGGCUUUUUAAUCGUUUUGAUCAUAUUUCUUGUCACUUUGCUCCUCGAGAGUGUAACCAGGUUACUCCUCUAUUGGCUAAGCAGGCGCUUUAG